UAAACAAAUUCAACCUGAAGCAACGCUUGGGAGAUUCUCGAGUUUACUUACAGCCAGCAUCUUCUCAGUUUCUCAGUCGUCUUUGCGAUGUGAAACGAUACUUGUCGUAAGCUCCCAGUUAAAAGACAAGACGCUCAAGUGCUUUUGCUACAAAAACACGCCGAAUAUUAGGCAGGCGGUUAACAAGAAUAAAAGUACAUAAGCAAAAUCAGAAGAUUUCUCUACUAAUAUAUACGGAUUUCGUUUAGUACUUAUUUAUUAAUUAAUGCAAAUUGUAAACGUGUUGUAGAGUCAAUCGACGUAGUAGCAAAAUCAAAACCAUAUUAAUUAUACGCAUUAAAUAAGCAACGCACAAACAUUUAUAUAUUUACAAAAGACAAUGAGGUUUGUGAUGAAAUAAAAUUCUAAAUAAUAAAAUCAAUUCGGUAUAUAUGUAUGUAUGUAAGUUGACUUACAGUGUGUGAAGAUUUAAUUAAGAAACAAUUUCUUUAAGAAAAUAAAUUACUAUUAUUACUAAAAGUGUAAAGAAACUUACAAACACACGCGCAAAUUUGGUACAGCUUUACAAUAAAGAAACAACAAAAAGGAAACUAUUUUUGCAUCAACGGAGACUUGUUAUAGUACAAUAUGACGAAACCGGUGUUAAUUGGUGUCUUCUUCUUCUACUGCAUUGGUGCUUUUUUGUGCGGCCCAACAUCAGCACAAUUCUACUUUCCCAAUGAAAAUGCGGACGUGCCCAACUUCGGUCGUUGUAUCACACCAAAUCGUGAGCGUGCUCUGUGCCUCAUUCUGGACGACUGCAAAUAUCUUUUUAAUUUGCUGCUGCAAACGCCGCUGCUAGAUUCGGAUCGCUUAUAUUUGAGUCGCAGUCAGUGUGGUUAUCAAAAUGGCAAAGUUUUGAUUUGCUGUCCUGAUCGUUACCGUGAUUACAUUAAUGUGCCAUCCACCAAUCCAACCACCACAAAACCACCACCGGUUGCCCCUAGCAAUCUCUUGCCACAGCCUGGUCAAUGCGGCAACGUUUUGGCAAAUCGUAUUUAUGGUGGUAACGUGACGAAAAUCGAUGAGUUCCCUUGGAUGGCUUUGAUAGAAUAUACAAAACCUAACGGUAACAAAGGUCAUCAUUGUGGCGGCUCACUGAUUAACUCACGUUACGUAAUCACAGCCUCGCAUUGCGUCAACGGACCAGCUAUACCCGUAGAUUGGCGUUUGACUGGCGUACGACUUGGCGAAUGGGAUACCAGAACGAAUCCAGAUUGCGAGGUUGAUGUACGUGGCGAAAAAGAUUGUGCGCCAACACAUCAAGAUGUAGCUGUGGAACGCGCAAUAUCCCAUCCCGGUUAUGAGCCAAAUUCGAAAAGUCAAGCGAACGAUCUGGCACUCUUACGUCUCGGUCGCAAUGUGCAAUAUACGGAUUUCAUUCGACCCAUAUGCUUGCCUUCAAGCAGUAAUUUACGUUCAGCGCAAUUCGAUGGCAUCGUUAUGGAUGUUGCCGGUUGGGGUAGAACGGAGACGGAAGCAGCUAGUGCAUUGAAAUUGAAAGCAGAAGUCGAGGGUGUGCCGCUGGAGAAGUGCUAUGAGAAAUAUGCAACUCAAAAUAUUUUCUUGCAAUCAACACAAAUGUGCGCCGGUGGUAAGGCUGGUGUAGAUUCAUGUCGUGGUGACUCUGGUGGCCCACUUGUCAGCUUGGACAAUUCAAAGAAAGCGCUCUCAUAUUACUUUUUGGCGGGUGUCGUGUCAUUUGGGCCAACUCCGUGCGGUUUAGAGGGUUGGCCUGGUGUUUAUACGAGAAUCGGCGGAUUUGUGGAUUGGAUUGGAACGACCAUACAGCCUUAGGUUACAUACGUACUCAUAUACUUAUUAAGAUUUAAUUUUUUUUAUCGAUUAUAUAUGUAUGUUUAAUAAUAAAAAAAAUCAUUAGCACGUACAUGCUACUACAUACGAAAAGAUACGUAUUAGUUACCUUC